CGCAAAUGGAUCCCCCAGGUUAUUGAGAAUGUGGCUAGUACUGUUUAUCAUGAUGUUUAUACAAGGAGUUGUGAGUCUGGAAGAAAUUAAAAAUGAAGCAAAAGUGAAUCCUGAAAAGUUUAUGAACAUUGUUAUUGAGAAUGUGGCUAGUACUGUUUAUCAUGAUGUUUAUACAAGGAGUUGUGAGUCUGGAAGAAAUUAAAAAUGAAGCAAAAGUGAAUCCUGAAAAGUUUAUGAACAUUAGUGAGAGAAUCCAGUACUGGGGUUAUCCUUGUGAAGAAUAUGAAGUGCUUACAGCUGAUGGCUAUUACCUGACCCUGAACAGAAUUCCAGGAGGGUCAAAGGCUGCUGUACUGCUGAUGCAUGCUCUGACUAUGGAAGGCAGCGUCUGGGUAGCAAAUCUGCCUAAUAGUAGCCUGGGAUUCAUGCUAGCAGAUGCAGGAUAUGAUGUGUGGAUUGGAAAUAACAGGGGCAAUUCCUGGUCUAGAAGACACAAAUUCCUUACAGUAGACCAAGAGGAAUUUUGGGAUUUCAGUUUUCAUGAAAUGGGUAUUUAUGAUCUUCCUGCCAUGACAGACUUUGUUCUUCAGAAAAGCAGACAGGAGAAAAUCUAUUAUGCUGGCCAUGCUCAGGGAAGUACCAUAGCUCUUGUGGCAUUUUCUGAAAAGCCUGAAUUAGUUUCAAAAAUUAAAAUGUUUUUUGCCUUGGGACCUGGAUAUACAUUACAACAUACUGUGAGCCCCAUUUUACAACUUCUGCGCUUUCCAGAAGCAUGGCUGAAGAUUAUAUUUGGCACAAAAGAACUCUCCCUGUUGAGUCCAAGAACCAGAGCACUUGUGGCCCAAAGCUGCCGCCACCAACUACUAGAUGUAGUCUGCAAGCAAGUUCUUCUUCUUAUUAGUGGAUUCAAUGAGAAAAAUCUAAAUGAGAGUCGGACUGAUGUGUAUAUGUCACGAUUUCCCGAUUAUACUUCUGUGAAAAAUGUGAUCCACUGGAGCCAGGUAGCCAAAAUGGGAAAACCCAGAAAGUUUGACUAUGGCUGGUUAAACAAAGAUAUAUACAACCAGACCACUCCUCCCUUGUACAGGAUAGAAGAAAUCGCUGUUCCAAUAGCUAUGUGGAGUGGAGGACAAGACUGGGUUUGCCAGCCAAAGGAAACAGAAGAGUUAAAAUCUCGGCUGAAAAGUGUCAUUCAUUACAAGCAUUUUCCUGACUGGAACCACUGGGAUUUCAUUUGGGGCCUUGAUGCCCCACAGAGACUGUACAUGGAAAUCCUGAGUUUGAUGGAGCAAUAACUGAAAUAAUUUGAAAUUGUGAACUCGGUUUUGUUGUUUCUUUCCUUUUCUCCCCAAAAUGGUGGUGCUGUGGUUGAACCUGUUUUUCAUUUAAAAAUUUAAGUUUAUUUAAAGCGGAAAGAACUGUCAUGAUUAGAACACUAAUUCCCUGUCUUUCCAUGCUCUAGUUGCAAAAUAAAUCACAUAAAUUAA